CGGAGGCAUUGCAACAUCAAAGGGACAUACAUCAAAGGUCCUGCUCUCCUACCAUAAUAUAUAUAAUGCGGUGUUGACUGUGGAGUUCUCUGUCAAAGUUGCUUUGUUCUUUGGCCUUUCCAAAAGCUAUCUCCGUUGUUGGUCUUUGAUGUCCGUCCAUCUCCUUUUACUUAUAUAUUUGGAGUGAGCCAGCCCGCCAGUUUCAGUCGCGUCACAGUCGUCGUUCGUGCGAUAUGUCCGCCGCUAGGAAGUAACCGAUGAUGAAGAUGAAAACUAGAAGGCAAGUCCGUAUAAAAAAACCAACCAAAGUUCGAAUCGCUAGCGAAGCUGAUAUUAUUAAAAAGCUGGAAAUUUGGUACACGCGAUGGACGAAGAGUAUUGGGCGACCUCUUACUCCCUUAAACUUGAAGAAAAAAACCAUAAUGAUAUUGAAAACGCUCAAAGUUUCUGCAGAUGUCAUAUCUAUAAUCACGCUAGAUUGGAUUAAAAAGUUCAUGAAGAAUCGAGGUAACUUGGAAGGAUACAAUGAUGACGAAACCUAUGCUGGACUAUUAAUUCCUUUUGAUGUCAAUGGUAUUCCUGAUGUUACAUUGGACACCACCCUUAAUCCAGACCGAAAAGUGUGGCUACUAAUGGCCGGCAACAAAAGUGGAAGACACAGGACCAGAGUAUUAGUUAUAGGUAAGAGAUGGAGACCUCCUUGUAUGGAAACUGUGAAUAUGUUGGGGCAACCUGUGGUAUACGCAGGAGGAGGUGAUGGUUUUCCUACACAAGAUUUGUUCAAAUGGUGGUUUGAGACAGAAUUUUGUCCAGCUGCUCUGUCUAUCAAUUCAAAAGCUGUAUUGGUUAUGGAUAAAGCAUCUUUUAUACCAGAAAAAUGCGAAUAUAAUGGAGUUUCUUUACAAAACCACGACGGAGAUUCAAUUUGUAAAUCUACAUUAUUUAUUGAAUUCAAAGCUACAUACACAGCUCUACUUCUUACUCAGGCGUCUUUAGAUCAACAAUCUGAAAGAUCGAUUCAAAGAUUUUUAGGAAAAUAUACAUUAAAAGACGCGUUCAUUUUAUUACAUAGAGCUUGGUUACAAGUCACCACAGAAUCGUUUUCGACUUGUUGGAAAAAUUGUGCAUAUACAUCAGCAAUGAAAGGUAUUAUUUUGGGUGUACAGUGGUUAGCUCAUGAUCUUGGACUGGAAGUAUCAGAUGACGACAUGCUGGUUUGGAUUUUAUCUAAUCCCGUGGAAGUCACUGAGCCGGAAAAUUUAUCUACAGACUCCGAAGACAUUGAAAUUCCACCUACUGCUACGCAAACCGUGGAUUAUCUAAAAAAGGCGUUAUUAUGGGUCGAGACUCAACCACUUGAACCGUCGUUUGUUAUUGCGAUAAGGGACUUGAUAACUUAUGCUAAACAGGCAAGCAAGAUUGGUUUAGGACCAGCCCAUCCAUUCUUUUGCCACAACGGCGAGCAGCUGGGUACCCAACCACCACCCGCCCAUAUGGGUAUACCUCCUUACCAACUUGACAAAGCACCCGGACUCCCGAGGCCUUCAAUGUACCCAUUCCCCACAGGCCAGUACCCUUAUCCGUUAUUAAGUCCGGACAUGUCACAAGUUGCAGCCUCAUGGCACACACCGGCCAGUAUGUACCAUCAGAUCUCAUCGGCUGGAACUGGUUUCAGAGGAUCCUACCCACCUUCAUUAGGCACAAGCCUAACUAGUGAGCUGUAUAGGUUUUCACCGACGGGACUGAUGAGUGGUCCAUCACCUCAUCACCAUUUAUCCCACCAUACCCAUCAUUCUCAUCCUGCGAUUGUAACUCCAGGAGUGAGACAAGACCUGCAUACGGAUUCUAAUCACAGGCCGCAAAACGAUCAUAGUAAAAACUCUUCGUGCUCAGACGGCUCCAAGCACCAUGAUACUGUCCAAAACAGUAAUAACCAAGAUAAGAAGAAGCCUCACAUAAAGAAACCUCUGAAUGCGUUCAUGUUGUACAUGAAAGAAAUGAGGGCAAAGGUGGUGGCGGAGUGUACGCUUAAAGAGAGUGCAGCGAUCAACCAGAUAUUGGGGCGACGGUGGCACUCUCUGUCGCGAGACGAGCAGGCCAAGUACUACGAGAAAGCGCGCCAGGAACGACAACUCCAUAUGGAACUGUAUCCUGGUUGGAGCGCUCGGGAUAACUAUGGAUACGGCGCCAAGAAGAAGAAACGGAAGAAAGAGCGCGUACCGGUCAUAGAUGCUGGCUCAGGAGGUAAUAACAGCAUGAAAAAAUGCCGUGCGAGAUAUGGACUUGACCAGCAGAGCCAAUGGUGUAAACCUUGCAGGCGCAAAAAACGUUGCAUACGGUACAUAGAGAGCGGCGGCGACUCGGGCAACCAGUCGGACGACAACCAGUCGACGGGCAGCUUGGGCCACUCGGACAACGAGGAGGCCGACUCCGCGUCCAGCCCCGGUGGCCUGAGCGCCCUGUCCAGCCUGACCAGCCCGGGAAUGUUGACGCAGGCCAGCCUGUCCCCGGCCACGCCGCUCACACCGCACGUGACCGAGUACGAGUGCCCGCCGAUGUCCGUGCGUAUGCCGUUGGCCGUAGUGGUACCCACCAGGCACCACCAGCCGGUUGGCACCAACCCGCACGACAUCAACAACCCGCUCAGUGUCAACCAGCUGACGGGUGGCGUCGUAAACAACAAGUGCCAUAACAACCCCAGGGACCAGCAGCAGCAGCAGCAGCAGCAACAUCAGCAGCAGAACGAUCUGAAAACCGGCGGUGGCCCGAACAACCAGCCCGAACAACAGCGCCCCAACAACAGUAACCGGGCGCUGCCCGCCAUCAGCGUGACGUAGCGAAGCUAAACAGCAGUACAUAAUAAUAAUCAAAAUAAUAAUAAUAAUAAUAAUAUAAUUGUGAAGAUGACGAUGAUGUCACGUGUAGGAUAUGAUAUUAUUGUUGUUGCGUACCAUGAUGUUUAUUAUUAUUGACCCACCCGCUCAAUUUAUCGUAAUUUUUUUUAUUCUCCGCCCAACGAUGAUGCAUUCACAGUACUAACGAAAUAUAGUUUUAAUAUUUAUAUUUAUAUUAUAUUCAUAGCUGUAUUGUCAAUGUAUUAGACGGAUAAUUAUGACGUGUUAUAAUCCGGGAUAAUUGUAGGCAAAUAAACAAAAAAAAAUACACGAGACAGUCGAGGCGGACGUUCGCCAUUCGGGACUUACCUACUUACAUUUGACCGUAAAAUUCGUUCAAAAUUAUAAUGUUAUUACUAUUAUUGAUAUUAUUUUAUUGCCAUUUUGAGAAUCUUUAUAUAGAAUCCCUUUGUGUACCUCAAAGACUAAACGCAAUUAUUGUUUUAAUUAGUUCUUAAUCAUGUUGUGUGUGUAAUUCAUGAAAUAUAAAUGUUGUUUGUUUGCCACUAAAAGUUAAAAUAAAUAUUUAGAAAAACAAACCCUCGUCCCACAAAAAAUUCACAUUGCUUCGUUAUUAUUAUUAUUAUUAUUUUAAUUUGUGCAACCGUCAAAUCAAAACGUUAUUUUGAAUAAUAUUGUUACUUCACAUGAUUUUUAAUAAUAUUAUAUAAUAAUGACGUGAUGUAUAACACAAACAAAAUAAUAUUUUAAUCAACGCGUAUGACGACGGUUCGUUCGUAUUUAUAUUAAACUUGUAUAAACGUAUAGGGCUGUAUUAGUAUUGGACAUAGUGAGAUGCGUUUUGUUGUAUUUUCGUGGUCCAUAUUUCCAAAAUUAUUAUCUCCAGUCGAUGUGCAAAUAUUACACAUGCCAUUGAAAUCACUUGUUAUUUUUAAUAUGUUCCUAUAUCUUACAUGCAUUAUGUUAACGUUCAAGAAUAUUACCGUAGGUACCAAUCAAAUAUGUAAUAUAUUAAUUAUAUCCGAUACACAGCCCUAUAUAAUUGUGUUUCUACCUCCUUAAUUGAUUGUGCCAGUUAUGAAAACUAAUAAUUUGUAAAAAUUAAAAUUAAAAUGAAAUCACGAAUAAAUCAUUAUUUUCGUCGUACCUUCAGAAAUACUCUUGAUAUUUUAGCGAGUAGAGAUGUAAUUCAGAUUAAUUGGAAAAAAUUGUACUUAUAGAUUUUUAAAAGUUAUAUGUAAUUUAAAAAUGUAUAUAUAUAUGUGUGUGUAUAUAUAUAUAUGCGUGUGCAUAUAAUUAUAUGUAUAUAAAUAUAUAUAUACAUAUUAUUAUUAUUAUUAUUAUUAUUAUUAUAUUUUAUUAUUAUUUUUUUAUUUUUUUUUUUGGCAAAACGCUAGUCAUUUUUGCCAGAUUUAUUAACGUACAGAACCCACUUAUAAACAUUAUUGUUUCAAAUUUCAAAUGAGACUGAAGACAGUUAAGAUAAUUUGAUUUCAGAUUUAAAUUUUAAAAUGUAUGUUUGUAAUACAUGUGUUUUUUUUAAAUUUUUGUGCCAAAUUUUCAUAAUUUUAUUUUAUCGCCAUAAAGUAUAUAAUUUGUAAAUGUUUUAAUAAUGCAAAAAUAUUAAGCACAUUCCAAAAUUGUCUACCAUAUAGAAAUAUCGUUAAGUUUUUUUUAUUUUAAUUUACUGUGAAUUUAAAAAACAAAUUGGGACUGUUACUGUUGCUAAUAUUAUUUUGUAAUAUUUAAUAACUAUCUAGGUACAUAAAAUAUAUAUAUAUACAUUGUAAUAAGUUAUAAUGUCUAUAAAUUGUUUUUAUACUUAAUUUUAUUUAAAAUGAAAAAUGUGCAAUUUGUUUUAUAUAAUUUUAUUUGUUUUCAUGUCUUGAGUUUUAUCCCUCCAAAAUGUUCAUUUCAACAAUUUUGUACACUUUUUUUUUGUUGUUUUACCGUCUAUUUUACUAUAAGUGUUUUAGUAACUUGAACAAAAUAUUCUGUUGUUUCUAAUUUCCUCUGUAAUAUAUAGAUAAAAACAUUUUAUGCAUAAA